GACAGGGUGUGCACGGAAGCACCCAGUGUUCAGCGUUUACGUUACCCUUUUGGUUUUCUCUUCCCCACAAACCGAACUGGAACUGUCUCGUUUUCAUGUUUGGUUACUUGAUGAAUCUGACCUUGGAUUUUGGUUCUGCGGCUGACACCAAACUUCUCCUACUUCUUCUGCUGAACACACUUCUGGGUAACAAGUACCAGGUUUUGUGACAAUUGAGGUUAGGAUUGCUGUUCAGCUUGAGCUAUGCUUGAAUUUUCAUUUCUGGGUUUCAAAUUUAAAUUUGAGAUUGUUCUAUUGGUCCUUGCAAGUUGAACAUGUUCUAUGUUAACUGAUUUUGCAUUCAAAAAUAGUGAACUGAGGGGGUUAUCAAACAGCACUUAGUUGUGAACUGAGCACUAAUUCUAAAUGGCUUCAACAGUAGAGUAUGAUGAAGAUGCUGAUAACAGAGGUGGUAUCUGGGUUUUGGAUCAGAAGAUUGACCAGCCAAUGGAUGAAGAAGCUGGAAGGCUAAAAAAUAUGUACAGAGAAAAAAAAUUUUCUGCACUGUUGCUUAUGCGGCUUGCAUAUCAGAGCCUUGGUGUAGUUUAUGGAGAUUUGGGCACUUCCCCCUUAUACGUUUUCUAUAAUACUUUUCCUCGUGGAGCUAAAGAUCAGGAGGAUGUGAUUGGAGCUCUUUCUUUGAUUAUUUACUCUCUUACUCUGGUUCCACUUCUCAAAUAUGUUCUUAUUGUAUUAAGAGCAAAUGACAAUGGUCAAGGUGGAACAUUGGCUCUCUAUUCCCUGCUCUGUCGACAUGCAAAUAUAAAAACCAUUCCAAACCAGCAUCGUACCGAUGAAGAGCUAACAACAUAUAGUCGCUCUACCUUCCAUGAAAAGUCAUUUGCUGCAAAAACCAAGAGAUGGUUAGAGGAACAAGCUUUUAUUAAAAAUACCAUUCUUAUUCUUGUCCUUGUUGGUACCUGCAUGGUGAUUGGAGAUGGGAUUCUUACCCCAGCUAUAUCUGUUUUAUCUGCUGCUGGAGGCAUCAAGGUAAAUCACCCUGAUUUGAGUAACGGAGUAGUUGUGCUGGUUGCUGUAGUAAUAUUAGUUGGGCUAUUCAGCAUGCAACAUUAUGGUACAGAUAGGGUUGGCUGGCUCUUUGCUCCAAUUGUCCUGCUUUGGCUUCUCCUAAUUGGAGGUAUAGGUAUAUUCAACAUCUGUAAACAUGGCAGCAGUGUUCUGAAAGCCUUUUCACCUGUGUAUAUAUAUCGGUAUCUAAGAAAUGGAGGUAAAGAAGGGUGGACUUCCCUGGGUGGCAUCUUGCUCAGCAUAACAGGGACAGAGGCUCUUUUUGCUGACCUAGCACAUUUUCCAGUCUCAUCUGUACAGAUUGCAUUUACUCUGCUUGUGUUUCCUUGCCUUCUUCUAGCCUACUCUGGACAAGCUGCUUACCUUAUGCAUAACUUGAAGCAUUCACAAGAUGCUUUUUAUCGUUCUAUUCCAGACAAAAUAUACUGGCCAGUAUUCGUUGUUGCAACAGCAGCUGCAGUAGUUGCAAGUCAGGCCACAAUAUCUGCAACCUUCUCAAUUAUUAAGCAAGCCCUUGCUCAUGGUUGUUUCCCAAGAGUUAAAGUUGUACAUACAUCAAAGAAGUUCCUUGGUCAGAUAUAUAUUCCAGAUAUCAAUUGGAUCCUUAUGAUUCUUUGCAUUGCUGUUACUGCUGGGUUUAAAAAUCAAAGCCAGAUUGGAAAUGCAUAUGGUACUGCAGUGGUGAUAGUCAUGCUGGUUACUACAUUGCUUAUGAUUUUAAUCAUGAUAUUAGUUUGGCGCUGCCAUUGGAUUCUUGUCAUUGUGUUCACGGGCUUAUCAUUGAUUGUGGAAUGUACAUACUUCUCCGCCGUACUCUUCAAAGUCGAUCAAGGUGGAUGGGCUCCCCUUGCAAUUGCUGGAGCAUUUCUUGUUAUUAUGUAUGUUUGGCAUUAUGGUACAGUGAAACGCUAUGAGUUUGAAAUGCAUAGUAAGGUCUCCAUGGCAUGGAUUCUUGGGCUCGGGCCAAGUUUAGGACUUGUUCGUGUCCCUGGAAUUGGGCUAGUUUACACAGAGCUUGCAAGUGGAGUACCCCACAUCUUUUCUCAUUUUAUCACCAACCUACCCGCUAUCCAUUCUGUUGUUGUUUUUGUAUGUGUGAAAUAUCUUCCUGUCUACACUGUCCCAGAGGAAGAACGGUUCCUUGUGAAGCGAAUUGGACCUAAGAAUUUCCACAUGUUUCGAUGCGUGGCACGAUAUGGAUACAAAGACCUGCAUAAGAAAGACGACGAUUUUGAGAAAAAGCUCUUUCAUAACCUUUUUGUGUUUGUUAAGCUUGAGUCUAUGAUGGAGGGUUGCUCAGAUUCAGAUGAGUACAGUUUAUAUGGACAGAAAACUGAGCAAUCAAGAGAAGGCCUUUUGAACAACAAUACAAACACUGCUUCAUUGAAUGUGGAUUCAAUUUCAUCAGUGGAUUCAAUAGUAUCAGUUAGAUCUCCAUCACAUGCAAAUGUUACUGUUCAGUCCUCUGGUCAUGUAAGCAGCCAUACUGAGGUUGAUGAACUUGAGUUUUUAAACAAUUGUAGGGAUGCUGGAGUGGUUCACAUACUAGGCAACACAGUUGUGAGGGCCAGGAGGGAUUCAAGAUUCUACAAGAAAAUAGCUGUUGAUUAUAUAUAUGCAUUUCUUAGGAAGAUAUGCAGGGAACAUAGUGUGAUCUUCAAUAUUCCUCACGAGAGCCUCUUAAAUGUUGGACAGGUUUUCUAUGUAUAGUCUUUCCUUCCCUUGUAUUCUCUGUGGUGAGUAAUUCUUGUGUGAAUUAAGUGUCUAUAGGUACAACCAUUCAAAAUUUUAGAGUAUAUUUUGAAAUAACAAAUAAAUUUGCAUUGAAAUAUGUAUUGAACGCUGCAUACACGAGAGUUUUCCUCUUUGGCUGGAAUUGUGCCCUGUUGAGCACAGUGUAGCAUGUGAACGACCCCUUAUUGGUAUGUACCAUUCCUAGGGACUUUCUUCGGAAGAACAACAUUGGACAAUUAUCUGUUGAAACCUGAAAUUCAUUAUUCAUUUGAUGUUC